AGAUCUAUAAACAAGAAAAAAAAAUUGUCUGCAAGUUUCGACAUGCACCCUAAAUUUGAUCAAAACAACUGACUGGGGAAGUUCGACGGACAUUUAAAUAAUACCCUGGAUGUACUGUGUUUGAGGCAUUUAAACUUAUUUCUAUGUUGAUGAACGUCUGCAAAAGUUAUCUCUACUGUGAGUGCUGGCGGGAAAACUUUGGAAAUAUACUAUAGUGUAUACAUUAUUAUUGGAUCUACUACAAACAGUUUUUAACAUUUUGAAAAAUAGUUCCCGAGCUUUUCUACAAAAUAAAUUUUAUGCUCAGAGGAAUGUAGGUUUUACUUGGACGAUCUGGUAUUCUGAGAAGACUUCUCUUCCGUUUCAAAGUUGGAUCCGCUCAUCAUGCAUCAUCUACAAGCCAAACCGGAUAGACAUGAUUGCCAGUAGAACAAGCCGGAUCGCCAGACAAGAACGAUUAAACUGAUUUGAUAUUAACUUAACUUGGAUAUUAACAACGAGAACCACUAAUCAUCCAAACGGAUCGGAUAACUUUGACGGGGAUCAUAACGUCAUCUAUCUUGAAUCCUCCGUGAUUUGAAUGAGUGACUCCGACUUGGACUUCGAGCACGACAAUGGCUGCUCCGGAUCCGGUCGAUGUGCUAGAUCAGGCAACGAUUAAUGAAAUGACACAGGCUGCAGCAAAUGGAAAUCAUGGUAGAAUCGAAGAAAUACUUGCUCAAGCUCAAAAUCCAAGGGAUGCCGUCAAUGAGGUCAACAACUAUGGCCGUACGGCCAUCCAGGUAAUGAACACCAUGUGUGAAAGCACUGCCCGUACACUCAUCAACCAUGGCGCCAAUGUCAACAUCCCUGACCCCGACGUCCGAAGGACAAUUCUUCACGACGUCGCUGAAAAAGGAUCAAUCGAAGUGCUCGAUCUCCUCCUGCAGAACGGAGCCGACGUCAUUGCUCGGGACAACUGGGGCAACACACCCGCGCACCUUGCAGCCAGUGAAGGCAGAGAUAUAAAGGUUUUAGAAAGGCUGUCACAAUUCUGUACACUAAGGGAGGUUAACACUGAAGGGAAUACCCCUCUGGAUCUCGCCAGAGAAAAGGGACACCAACAGGUCGUCGAAUGGAUUCAGAAUCACCAUACUCGAGUGUAUUCACUGCAAUUUCUGGUAAGGAGGUUGAUCAGAAUACGUGUCCGGGUUAUAGGAAACUCAGUUGGGAAUUUUCCACGUCCUCUCAUGGAUUACCUACACGGGAGAUGACAAGUGGAAAUGUGUUCAUGUAUCUUCUGGAGUGGAGGUUGCGUGCAGGACUUUGUCACGGAUCAAUUCUCCUCUGCUAUAUUUGUGCUCCCUAUUUCUUUUCCAAUAAUAAUUCUAUCAAAAUUGUAAAAUGAUUUUCCAAGCAAAACAAUGAUGAAUUAAACAUGAAUAGAAAAGUAAUAAUAAAGAGAAAAUAAUAUCUCACAAUUCCAAACUUUUUAUAUUUUACCAUGGGGCCAAAUUAAGGUGCAGUGUAUUUCGAUCCCGAGGGUCUUUCAAAAUAUGUUAAUUUCUUACCUUUCAGAUGAAUAUUUGGUACAAAUUACUUUUUGAAACUGAAAUCAAUAUUGUUUGAUUACAUGCGUUCACAAUAUUUCUAAAUGAAUUUCAUACUCGGAAUGACUUUAGCCGAGCGCCAAUUCUGAAUAAGAUCGAGAAACGCAUAUUCUAAAAAAAAAAAUCAGAUUGGAAUCAGCUGAUAAUCCCAUUUCAAAGUGAUCCCAUAGCCAAUCCACUUGAAAUUUACAACUAAGAGUGAAUCAUAAUUAAAAAUAUCGUAUUUUUGUUUUAUUCAUGCACUUUAGAUAUUUUCCUAUUCAGUCCUGGGUUGUUUCCUCCUUGUCACGUUCUAACUUUCCUUUUUAACUUAACGACUGACUAGAAUACUCCCCAGGGAGUGGAGGAUGUGGACACGUUGUGUGCGGGAAUGGCUGAUUGAAUCCGAUGACCGGGGU